AUGGGCUCCGAUCCUCAGUACAUCAAGUUUCCCGACCUCACCCUCGCCCAACAUGUCUUCAACAUCUCCAACCCUUCAUGCCCCCAGGUCGUACGGCAGACUUCCUUGAAGAGGAUCCAGGAUGCCAUCUCAGAGCACAAGAUGGCCCCUUUCUACCGACACCUCGCACACCCCGUCGAAGGCAUCCUGAAUUAUUCUGGCGAAGGCGUACCCCAGCUCAACGCCGGGUCGACCAAGAAUCUGAUCACCUCCAACAUGCUGGUAUCGCGAAAAUCCUCUCAGAAGAUCGAUUUCCCCUGGGACGAAGCGCUGUACCAGUCUUUAGUUGAGGAUAACAAGAAGGAGCUGGAGGCGUUCCAGAAGGAGGAAGAUGAGGCGGAAGAGGCUGCAGGCGAGACUGAGGUGUUGGCGGCACGGGGGAAGCGUGCCGAAUUCUGGGCGCGAGUCGGAGAUAAGGACAAAGCAAUCGAAUCCCACGAAGCCCUCCUAGAGAAGACGUCGUUCCUAGGCACCAAGAUCGAUCUGGUGCUCGCCAUGAUCCGAAUCGGUCUUUUUUUCGGCGACGUGGUGUCCGCCAAGAAGAACAUCGAGAAGGCGAAUGCCCUGAUUGAGAGCGGUGGUGACUGGGACCGCAGGAAUCGUCUCAAGGCCUACAAGGGUCUGCACCUGUUGACCAUCCGCUCCUACAACCUCGCCGCUCCCCUCCUCCUCGACAGUCUGUCCACUUUUACGAGUUACGAACUUUGCAGCUAUUCCGCUUUGGUGAUCUAUUCCGUCCUCGCGGGCUCUUUAUCAUUGAAGCGAGUUGAUUUCAAGGCCAAGGUUGUGGACGCUCCGGAGAUCAAGGCCAUCCUUGGCGCUGGCGAGGACCGCCUGGCCGCGUUGACUGGCGAGAUCUCCGCGGGACCCGGGGCACAGGAUGAGGAGAUGAAGGAUGCGUCGGCCUCAACGGCCACACCAGGCACGACUACGACCGCGGUCAACCUGGCGACGUUCGCCACCGGCUCCGGCGUGCAGGCCGAGACGGAGGCUCCGGUAGACUUUUCGCCGCUUGCCAACUUGGUGGACAGCCUCUACACGGGCAACUACCGAACAUUCUUCCGGGCCCUGGCCGCGGUGGAGGACAACUUCCUCACGCAGGACCGCUACCUGUACGAGCACCGGGCCUGGUUUGUGCGGGAGAUGCGACUCCGUGCGUACCAGCAGCUGCUCCAGAGUUAUCGGGUGGUGGGACUGAACAGCAUGGCCAAUGACUUUGGCGUGACAGUGGACUUUUUGGAUCGGGACUUGGCCAAGUUUAUCGCCAGCAACCGCAUUGCGUGCACGAUUGACCGGGUGAACGGGAUCAUUGAGACGAAUCGACCGGAUGACAAGAACAAGCAGUACGCAGAUCUGGUCAAGCAUGGAGACGCCCUGAUCACGAAGCUCCAGAAGUAUGGGCAGGCUGUGCGUCUGCGGGGGAGUGAGAGGAGCUAG